CAGAAGCGACUGGCUAUCACAAAUAAGAGCUCAACGAAGUGACUUGUCAUCAUCGUCAUUACGUGGACAUUUAUAGCAGCCAAAUAUUCUCAACGCAUGACGUUGGUUCUAUAUGUCGAGGGAAAAAAACGAAGGACCCGGAGAAAAAUCCACGCAACCACGGGGAGGUAUUCGCCAUGAAAGUUUGCACAGACAAGGAAUUUACUAUGGCCGGAAGGUGCAUACAUUCAACAUGUAGGAAUCUUAAAACUGAAAUGAGUGGUAUACAGUCAAACUAUACUAAAAUUACAAAGUCUAACUAAUACUAAGGGGCUAAAGUAUGUAAAAUUGUGAAUAAGUGUACAAUAUAAAAUGUAAACUAGCCAUAAUAUACAAUCUAAAAAUACAAAAAUACAAAUAGGGUAACAUGUUGUAAACUAUACAGUCGGGAUGGAACCCACGACCUCCUGUAGACCAUGCGAGGGAGUUAACAUCUCGCCACGGAGGAGAGAGAGACACGCAGACUCCAAAUAUACAGCAGGCUUCGUCAGGGUCGGGAUGGAACCCACGACCUCCCGUAUACCACGAGAGGUAGUCAACAUCUCGCCGUGUUUGCCUGCAGGCUCCUCCGUGCCGCCGGCCUCCGCCCAGGCUGUGGCGGUGUCGCGCAGCGCUCGCUCUCGCUACGGCCUGCGCCCGCGCGAGAGGAAAGUCUACACAGAGGUGGAGGAGCCCCAGGACGACGACUUCUUCUUGCCACUGCUGCUGCUGCUGUUGCUACUGCGGUUCGCCCUCCUCCUGCUGCUGCUGCUGUGGCUCUCAGUCUGCGAGCUGUGCAGGGAUUUCUACCUGGGGGAGUGCUCCGUGCACGGCCCGCCAGAGUUCAUUGCAGACGCGGCCGUGGCCCCGGGAGUGGCCAACAGGGCCCGGCUCAGCCUGCCCCAGGGCCUCACCGUCGGCGCCUCCUCCAUCGCCGGCGCCGGCCUCGGGGUGUGGAGCAACAGGAAGAAGCUGCCCAAGGGGGUGAUUUUUGGGCCCUACCAGGGAGAGGUGUCUGAGGAGAACCCCGUGAGCGAGUACUGCUGGCUGAUUUACAAAAACAAAAGGAUCGUGAAUAUGUUCGUCAACUGCGCGAGGAAUGAGCAGGAGCAGAACCUGGUGGCCUUCCAGCACCGGGGCAGAUUUACUACCGCACAUUCCGUGCCGUGGGGCCCGGCUCUGAGCUGCUGGUCUGGUGGAGUGGGUGUGGAGGUCACAAGGCUGCCGUGUCCUGCCUGCAACCGUCAGUUCAUCUGCCGCUCGAGUCUACA